UCGUUCAACGUGGCCAAAAAUGAAGCUGCUGCGGAUCGGGGCAUAUUUUCUGAUAACCUUGGUGUUCUACUGUUCUGGGAGUGGGUGUGCUGAGUACGUGGUGAGCGUGGAUCGGUUUGUCUUCACUCCCAUAGAUCGGGAGUUGAUUCCUUCGCAGAGCGCCACCAUUGAGCAAAUUGGCAAUCGUAGCUACCUCUCAGGGCACUUGUACUUGGAAAGAUCAGUGGACAAUGUCAUUGCGCUAGCCUCCUUGGAAAUAUCACGUCCAAAUUUGCCACGUGUUCGUCUCUUCAAUUCGAAAUUCGAUCUUUGCGGCUUUUUAAAGAACACAUACAAAAGCAAAUUUCUUCAGCAGUUCCACUACAGAUUCGUAACCUUCACUAAUGUGCAACCGUCUUGUCCACUUAAGCCGCAUCUGAAUUAUACACUAGAGCGCAGCUACUUAGACGAACGCAUUCUGCCCGAGCUGCUGCCCGAGUGCAGCUACUUCUUUAACGUGGAGUUUCGGGAAAAGACCAAGCCACUGGCCAAUUUGCAUAUUUCAGGCCAUUUACAUCCAGUUCUUAAUAAGAAAAAGGGUCCAAAGAAUCGCGUGAAAACAUAA